AUGAAGGCCUCUGGACUCUUCUGGCUUUUGCCCGCCCUUGCCGCAGCCCAGUCUGCAACUGUCACUUUAUCACCAUGGCAGACUGGAGAAGUCACUCCUGAUGGUACUUGUGGAGGAAGCACUGGCUUUGUCUGCAGUCCUACCUGGGGUGCUUGUUGCUCUAAAGAUGGACAAUGUGGUCGGUCCAGCAAGUUCUGUGGCGAAGGAUGCCAAUCUAUUGCUGGCAACUGCAACGCUGCUGCACCCGCUCCUGAAAAACCUCCAGGUCCUGGAAGUGUAUCUCCGGAUGGUUCUUGUGGUGGUACCAACAAGUUUGUCUGUGGUGGAAGCACCUUUGGAGACUGUUGCUCUCUCCAGGGCUGGUGUGGUAACUCCACCGCCCACUGCGGUAAUGACUGCCUCCCUACCUUUGGUACCUGUGGUCCUCCUUCAAACAUCACUGCCAACGGCCAGUGCGGCGCUAACGGCAAGAUUUGCCCUGGCUCUGGCUUCGGCGAUUGCUGCUCCAGCACUGGAUGGUGUGGUGAAAAGGAAGACUUCUGUGGUGCUGGCUGCCAGAAUGGCUUUGGAAAAUGCACUCUGACCAAUGCUGAAAAUGUCUCAACCGACGGCUCCUGUGGAAAGAACGGCAAGAUAUGCAAGGGUAGCUCAUGGGGAGACUGUUGUUCUGCUGAUGGCUACUGUGGCAAGGGUGAUGGUUUCUGCACUGCUGGUUGUCAGUCCAAGUUCGGAGAUUGUGAUGCUGAGACCAACAUUUCCACAGAUGGCUUUUGCGGUAAGAAUGGUAAAACCUGCAAGGGAAGCACUUAUGGAGACUGUUGCUCUGCCGAGGGCUACUGUGGUAAGACAGACCACUGUGAAGCAGGAUGUCAACCCAAAUUUGGUACUUGCAAGGCUGGUUCCGACAACGUCUCCACUGAUGGUCGUUGCGGAGGCUUCAAUGGCAAGACUUGCAAGGGUAGCACCUUUGGUGACUGUUGUUCCAUUGGUGACUGGUGCGGCAAGACUACUCACUGUGAUGCUGGCUGUCAGUCCAAGUUUGGUACUUGCAACAACGAAGCAAGCAACAUCUCCACCGAUGGCUUCUGCGGCAAGAAUGGCAAGACUUGCAAGGGAAGCACUUACGGUGAUUGCUGUUCUGCCCAGGGCUACUGUGGUAAGACAAACCACUGUGAAGCAGGCUGCCAACCCCAAUUUGGUACUUGCAAGGCUGGUUCUGACAACAUCUCUACCGACGGAAGCUGUGGUAAGAACGGAAAAACAUGCAAGGGCAGCGUGUUUGGCGAUUGCUGUUCUCAGCACGGAUACUGUGGAAAGGGAGAUGACUUUUGUCGCGCAGGAUGCCAGCUUGCUUAUGGUCUCUGCCCUGGUAUCUCCGCCGACUCGGAGUGUGGUUCCAGGAAUGGUAGAACCUGUGCUGGCUCUGGUCUUGGAAACUGUUGUUCUUCCAAUGGUUACUGUGGAAGCACCGGAUCUCACUGCGGCCAGGGUUGCCAGAAGGGUGCAUCCAGUGGCUGUCUGACCAAGGACAUUCCAACUACAGAUGGCUCUUGUGGUAGCAAGGCUGGUCUCACAUGUGCUGGUGGUCCAUUCAAUGGUCAGUGCUGUAGUGCUCAAGGCUGGUGUGGCACAUCAACCCAUUGUGGAUCUGGAUGUCAACGCGGAUUCGGACGAUGCAACUAG